AGACGUAAGUAGCCAGUCUAGGAGAAGACGACACCGUGGAGCUCGUGACGAGUCAUGCCGACAAUUUAAUGACCUAAAUUUCCCUCCAAGACAAAAAGGAAAAUAUCUGAAGGCCCAAAAUAGCAUCUUGUGUUCACGCGUCACUGUAUAUAAGGGAUUAAUGUCGAUAGAUCCUCUUAAACCUUGGGAAAAUCUUCCAGCAAGUGACAUCACAGACUCCGCGAUUGUGCAGCCGUCUGCCAGUUGUUGCUGCCCUGAUUUGUUGGAAGCAGUCUUCUGUUUGGAUCAUUUUAAUAAUAAUAUUAAACGAUUCUGGCGUUGGAACAUAUUUCAAAUGAACUACUACAUAGCACUGAAUGCAGAAUUUGGAAUUUGAAUGAUCUUUUUUGUGUGAAAGAGAAUUUUUUUUUAAAAACCAAGGAAAAAAAAAAUCGCAUUUUGAAAUAAACACAAACGAGACAAGACGAAACGGAAAUUAAAAAAACAGUUGCUUAACAUAUUCAUUAAUUCAAAAAAUAAGUUUGAAAAUUUAACAACCCUGAAGAAGGAUGCAACGAAUCAGGGCAUCAAUUGGAUCUGCAGUGAUGAUCGUUUUUAUUGCUUCAGUGGCGGGAAGAGGUCGUCUGGUCGACCCUCCCAACAGAUCCAGUUUGUGGCGGGAAGGUUACCCACUACCGAUCAACAUAAAUGAUUCUGAUGUAAAUUGUGGAGGUGAUCGGCUUCCGUAUUUGCCGUUCGAUCUGGAGGGGGGAUGGUGUGGUGUAUGCGGAGAUGCUAUUUUUGAACCACGUGACCACGAACUGGGUGGACUGUACGUGCCACAGUACAUCGUGACCAGACGGUACUCGGCCAACUCCAAGUACAUUAAUGUGGCAGUCCUCGUUGAGAACUUUUUAGGCGGGUAUUUCGAGUUCAGCAUAUGCGCUCAAAAGUCUCGUUCUGAAAAAGUCAGCCAAGAAUGCUUUGAUGAACAGAGACUCCGAAUUGCGGGAUAUGGGACCAACUAUUUCCCGCUCAGAACCGGUCUGCACCGGUUGAUGCUGGUCAUACCAACGCUUCUGCGAUGCCAGCACUGUGUUCUGCAAUGGCGCUGGAUUACAGAAAAAUUCACCUUUAACAACUGCAGUACGUUUCCAAUGCCAAGAACGUGCUUGAUACCAUGGCAAUAUCGAAACUGCGCAGACAUAUCCAUUUCCGGUACAUCGAUGCCAACAGAAGAUUACCUGGACAGUCUGGAUGAAGUCAUGUCGGAAAUAACAGAGGCCGAGGGAAAUCCGUUCUGGAUGUUUCGGCUUUUCAACAACCCCUCUAUGUUUAGAUUUUUAGGUACAUUGUUUGGUAUGUAGUUAGACACAAAUCAUCAUUCCAUUUAAGUUCCAUUUGCUGAAAAGUACCAAAAUAAUAUACGCUUGCAAUGACUUCCAGAAAUAAUGCCUGAACGAGAGAAAGAUGUUAGAUUUACUGAUUAAAACAAAAUACAUAUAAUACCAAAUUUAAAAAAAAUAAAUCAUGUCGGUUAUAUGUACUGAAAAAAGAGCCUCAAACAUAUAAACAACAGUAAACGUAAACCAUUAUGCAUUUGGCGUUUGCUUUGUUUUGCAUUUUUAAUCAUUGCAGUUGUCACAUUUGACAUUGUGUUAACUCGGGUGGAUUUCGCAAAUUCAAAAUCUCGUGGUUUCCUUGAAUCAAACAUAUUUACUUGUAUAUAAAAUACAAAAGGAUUGGGCACAAGUUAUCUAACUUACGAGGCCCUCUCCUAAUUAACACUAUCUGUGAUUACAACUAUUUUUAAGAAUAUAAAUAUUCGUAAAAACGUCAAUACAUAGAAAGGCAAACAAAACAAAUACAUAAUGUUAUGAAAGUGAAAAAGGAAAUAAAACAAUCAAAAUAAAAGUGGGUUUUUUUCCCAGACAGCCAGACUGUGAUUUAUUUAGUUGGACUUGUCUAGGGAAAUAAAUAAAUAAAUAAAUAAAUAAUAAGUAAUUAAAACUAUCAUAAUUUGUUUUUUUUAAAUCCAAGCCUGGUGGUAGUACGAAAUCAAAUAACUUCCGGCUGGGUCAAUGUUCGAGGUG